UUGUAUGUCUAUGUGAUCUUGAUUUUGUUAUCUUCAUUUUUCUUGUCAGAGUCUUCCCCUCUUUCCUCCUCCUGUAAAUUAAGGAAACAGUUUCAUCUUAAUGAGAUGCACAAGGCAGGUGAUGUGAUUCUGGGUGGGCUGUUUGAGGUCCACUACACCUCUGUCUUCCCUGAGCCGACAUUCACCACAGAGCCAAAUCAGCUUUCCUGCCAAGGCUUUGACCCUCCAGGGUUCAGGCAUGCCAUGACAAUGGCCUAUGCUAUUGAUGAGAUCAACAAAAACUCCAACCUGCUACGUAAUGUGACUCUGGGAUACAGUCUUUAUGACAACUGUGCCACACUUGUAAUUGGAUUCAGUGCUGCAUUGUCCCUGGCCAGCGGUCGAGAUGAGCAAUUCCUGUUUCAGGAAAACUGUUUGGGGACCCUCCCAGUCCUCGGGAUUGUGGGUGAUUCCUUUUCAACAUUUUCUAUCGCCACAUCUGAUGUGAUAGGUUUAUUCAAAUUGCCCAUUGUCAGUUACUUUGCCACAUGUUCCUGUCUGAGUGAUAGGCAGAGGUUUCCAUCCUUUUUCAGAACUAUCCCAAAUGAUGCUUUCCAGGUGCGUGCUAUGAUUCAAAUUCUAAAGCGCUUUGGCUGGACUUGGGCAGGUCUGCUGGUCAGUGAUGAUGACUAUGGACUCCAUGUUGCCCAAUCCUUCCAAUCUGACUUGGCUGAGUCUAUUGGAGGUUGUCUGGCCUACUCAGAGAUUUUGCCCUGGGGGGACAACCCCGCUGAACUAAAGAGGAUUGUGGAUUUAAUGAGGAAAUCAACAGCUCGUGUUGUCAUUGUGUUUGCACAUCAGAUCCACAUGAUUCAACUCAUGGAAGAGGUGGUGAGGCAGAAUGUGACAGGCCUUCAGUGGAUGGCCAGUGAGGCCUGGACUGCAGCUGCUGUGCUCCAGACCCCCCGCCUCAUGCCGUACCUGGGUGGCACACUAGGAAUUGCCAUCCGCCGAGGAGAAAUAUCAGGGCUCAAGGAUUUUCUAUUAAGAGUACGUCCUGACCUAAAUGACAAUAAUUAUGGACACAGCAUGGUGAGGCAGUUUUGGGAAUUCACAUUUCAGUGUAGAUUUACUCCACCUCCAGAAGGUUGGGUGGAAGCUGGGGAAGAACUAUGUACUGGACGGGAAGAUCUCGCGAGUGUGGAGACUGAGUUUUUGGAUGUUUCUAAUCUCAGACCGGAGUACAAUAUUUACAAGGCUGUGUAUGCCCUGGCGUAUGCCCUUGAUGACAUGCUGCACUGUGUACCGGGAAGAGGGCCUUUCAGCGGGCAAAGCUGUGCCACUGUGCAAACAAUGGAGCCCUGGCAGUUAAUAUAUUACUUGGAAAAGGUUAACUUCACCACACCAUUUGGCGAUCAAGUGUCAUUUGAUGAGAAUGGUGACGCCUUACCAAUAUAUGAUAUUAUGAACUGGCUGUGGCUCCCUGAUGGAAGAACAAAUGUUCAGCGUGUGGGGGUUGUUAAGAAGGCAGCCUCCAAAUAUGAAGAACUCACACUUGAUGAAGACAAAAUAUUCUGGAACUUUGAUUCUAAACAGCCACCUCAGUCAGUGUGCAGUGAGAGCUGCCCUCCAGGUACCCGCAUGACCAGAAAAAAGGGACAGCCUGUGUGUUGUUUUGACUGUGUCCCUUGUUCUGAGGGAAAGUUCAGCAAUGAAACUGACUCCAUGGAGUGCACUAGUUGUCCAGAGGACUUCUGGUCCAGCCCCCAGCGUGACCACUGUGUUGCUAAGAAAACUGAGUUCCUCUCCUAUCAUGAACCUCUGGGUAUCUGCUUGACAACAGCCUCGUUGCUCGGCACAUUCAUCUGUGCUGUUGUCCUGGGAAUCUUUAUCUACCAUCGCAGUACACCCAUGGUACGCACCAACAAUUCAGAACUGAGUUUCCUGCUCUUGGUGUCCCUUAAGCUAUGUUUCCUGUGUUCAUUGUUGUUUAUCGGCCGCCCCAGACUGUGGACAUGCCAACUGAGACAUGCAGUAUUUGGGAUCAGCUUUGUGCUUUGUGUCUCAUGUAUUCUUGUAAAAACCAUGGUGGUUCUGGCUGUGUUCAAGGCCUCCAAGCCAGGAGGUGGAGCCCGUCUGAAGUGGUUUGGUGCUGUGCAGCAGCGAGGGACAGUUCUGCUUCUUACUUCUGUUCAGGCAGCGAUCUGCACUGCUUGGCUUGUCUCUUCCUCACCAGCUCCUCAUAAAAACACUCAAUACCACAAUGACAAGAUAGUUUAUGAGUGUGUAGUCGGGUCUACGAUUGGUUUUGGAGUGUUACUGGGCUAUAUUGGCUUACUGGCUAUCCUCAGUUUCCUGUUAGCAUUUCUGGCAAGGAAUCUUCCAGACAACUUCAAUGAGGCCAAACUCAUCACUUUUAGCAUGUUGAUCUUCUGUGCUGUGUGGGUGGCCUUUGUUCCUGCUUAUGUCAACUCCCCAGGCAAAUAUGCAGAUGCAGUUGAGGUAUUUGCCAUCCUGGCCUCCAGUUUUGGUAUCUUGGUGGCACUGUUUGGACCUAAAUGCUACAUAAUCCUGCUGAGACCAGAGAGGAACACUAAGAAAGCAAUAAUGGGUCGUUGA